CGCUUCCAGACGGCGGCGGCAGCAGCUUACAGUGAGCCGAUGGGCCUCUGUGCCAGUUUCGCGAUGCCGCAACAGCAACCGCCUACGACUGAAGUCCAUCCAACGACGCAGUCAACGCCUGCAGGCUUCGUGGGCUGCUUCAAUUUUCUGGACUCACCGGACGGUGGCUCGAGCACUGAUCCCUCUACGGCGUCCAGAAGUUCGUCCUCCGAUUCUCCUCAGGCAACACCAUCUUCUCCGAAUGGCCAACAGGGCCUAGAGCGUCGCGGGUUGAAUGAUUAUGCCGCCGAAUUUCCCCUACUGGCAGUGUACCAACCCUGCGCAACUCAAAGAUCGCUCGGACUUGAAUGUUAA